GUCAAUUUUCCCUCUUAAAUUCUCUACUUGUAAUUAAAUUCCGAGUUAUUUUCCCUCAUUCAAACAGACCCGUUAUUACCCUAAUAAUCAAAUCCUUUGAAAACAAUGUUUUUGUUCAGCAUGCGAAAAUAAUCACAUUAGCGUUACACACAUUUCACGGAAAUUAGAAAGGCCAAAACAAAAAAAACAAAAAAAAGUAAUCAUGCCCAAAAUGAUCUCUUCCAACCAAAAAAAAAAAUUUAUGCCCAAAAUGGUCGCAAAAAUUGGAUGAUAGGCCUUGUUUUUCUUCAUUUUCCGUACACGCUCAACCUUCCAUUUUUGUUGAAGUCUAAAUUCGGGUAAUUAGUGCCUGCAAUAAAUACAGAGCUCAUAAUUGUGAAAAAACUUGCCCUGUUCUGCCCUGUCUCUCUCUCUCUCAAUCCUCCUGCUGGAGAGGAGAAGAAGAAUAUUCAUCUUCUAUUUUCUUCUCUUUGUUUUAUUCCACAGAUUCAGCAUGGCUUCCUCCAGAUGGUUAAAGCCUGAGGUAUACCCACUAUUUGCUGCAGUUGGUGCAGCUGUUGGAAUAUGUGGCAUGCAGCUUGUUAGAAACAUCUACACCAACCCUGACGUCAGGGUUAACAAGGAGAACAGAGCUGCUGGGGUGCUUGAUAACCAUGCAGAGGGAGAGAGAUAUGCAGAACAUGGACUGAGGAAAUAUGUUCGCAACAAAACCCCCCAGAUCAUGCCUACCAUCAACAAAUUCUUCUCAGACCCACAGAUUCCAGACUGAAAAACGGAUUAUGCGAUUCGGCUCUGGAUCUGUUUGAUUGAAGAAUGUAGGGCACAAGUUUGUUUCAUGAAAGUGUUGUGAGACAAUUAUCUACUACAAAGUUGCCAAUUUGUUGGUGCAUAAUCCAUCUAAUUCAUCAAUAAAAUUCAUAUUUUUUCAA